UUCACGUCAUAAUUAUGCGCCCAAUUGAUUGAGACCAAGCGGGAGUUUUGUCGCGUUGAAUGGGCAGCAGGAAAAUUGUACCGAAAGCGACAUUUUAUUAACCGAGCAUCUGCAACAUCGUGUUGUUUUUGAAGCACAUUGAAAUGAUUGAUACAAUCGAAAAAGACGAGAAUAUCAUAAGCGAGGAAGAAGCGGCUCAAUAUGACCGGCAGAUUCGGCUCUGGGGUCUGGACGCACAAAAGAGGCUGAGAGGGUCUCGAGUGCUACUGGUUGGACUUAGAGGACUGGGUGCUGAAGUGGCAAAGAACCUCAUACUAGCUGGAGUAAAAGCACUCACUCUUCUGGACCAUGAGCAGGUUACUGAGGAAUCAAGACGAGCUCAGUUCCUCAUCCCGGUGGAUGCAGAUGGUCAGAAUCAUGCUCAGGCUUCCCUGGAACGAGCCCAGUUCCUCAAUCCAAUGGUAGAAGUGAAGGCUGACACAGAUCAAGUGGAAAGCAAGCCAGAUGACUUCUUUCUUCAGUUUGAUGCAGUGUGUCUGACAAGAUGCUCCAGAGACCUAAUGGUGCGUGUUGACCAGCUUUGCACCACCAGGAACAUUAAAGUCUUCUGUGGAGACGUCUUUGGUUACCAUGGAUACAUGUUCUCUGACCUUGGCUUGGAGCAUCAUUAUGUGGAAGAGAAACCGAAGGUGGUGAAAACAUCAGAAGAAAAUAAUGAUGGCCCUGAAGUGAAGAAAAUUAAAAUUAAUCCCAAUGAGACUACCAUGGUCAAAAAGACGGCCAGUUUCUGCUCUCUAAAAGAGUCUCUAGAGGUUGACUGGACGAGUGAGGAGGCCAAACGAAAUCUCAAGCGGACGCCAUCAGAUUACUUCUUACUACAAGUAUUGCUUAAAUUCCGCACAGAUAAAGGUCGAGACCCUCAUCCAGGUAGCUUUGCCGAGGACUCGCAGUUGCUCUUGCAGAUUAGAGAUGAUCUCCUCGAAGCCAUGGGGGUGAAUCCGGAGCUACUGCCGGACAACUUUUUCAGCUACUGUUUCUCUGAGAUGGCUCCGGUGUGUGCUGUAGUGGGAGGAGUACUUGGUCAGGAAAUAGUCAAGGCGCUGUCCCAGAGAGAUGCCCCCCACAGGAACUUCUUCUUUUUUGAUGGCCUGAAGGGCAGUGGAGUGGUGGACUAUUUUGGAGCCAAAUGAUCAUGGUGAAGACCAAGGGACAAGGGGGAGGGGACAUAAUGUAGGCACUUGAAGCAGUAUGGAAAGAACAACACAUUUCAGUGUUGCAAAACAUGCUUUGAACAAUAAGUCUUCAUUUAAAGAGCAUUGUUGUUGUUUUUGGUGGGUUUAUACAGGCAAACACUUACUUAUUUCUGCCUACUAUUAUGACAAGAUUGUGAAGUUUCAUGGAAAAUUUAGCAAUUUCCCCAUUUUGUAUUGACAUGAUUUAAAUAAAUACAUUUCUUUGGAUUA